AAAUCUACUGACAAUAAGGGGAAUGUUAGUCGAUGAUGUGCCUUCGCGUGACAGACAUCAUUUCUUAUUAACUUAAAGAAGACUUUCACUUUUAAGUUUUGUGUCGAGUUUAUUUCAUUUCAUUUUAUUUAGUUGAAUACAAAAAUGUGGGGUGAUCCCUUCAGUAUAAUUUAUUUAAUAUUUUUAUCUUUAUCAGUAUGCUCAGUAAGAUCAGAUUUUCAUGCUAGCCCUGGACGUUGGGUUGAGCCUACCCAGGGUGAACCUUGGCCUAUGCCUAAUAGGCGAAUUAUUGGGGAUGGAUUUCUACUUCUACAACCUUCAUAUUUUAAUAUUGAGACUAAUAUUAUCUGUGAUAUUUUGGAGAAAGCCAAAGUGAGAUACAGCAUGAUAAUUGAAGAGGAAGCUAAAAUAGGUCGAAAAUUGAUACUAAAAGAACGAAAUAUCUUGCAUCAAAAUAAUCAAAAUUUCAUAGGGAUGCUUACAAGUCUUCAAAUUCAUGUAACAGGAACAUGUGAAAAGAUGCCUUAUUUAUAUAUGGAUGAAAAAUAUGAAUUGAAUGUAACUGGUAAAAUUGCUUAUCUUCAUUCCCCCUCAAUAUGGGGAGCACUUCGUGGACUUGAAACGUUUUCUCAACUUUUAGUAGCGUCUGGCAGUGGAAAGAAAUUGGCUGUAAAGAAUCAAACAAUCCAUGAUGAACCUAUGUUACCACAUCGUGGCUUGCUAUUGGAUACGUCACGACAUUUCUUUCCAGUUCCUGACAUUCUUUCAACUUUAGAUGCUAUGUCAUAUAAUAAACUCAAUGUCUUUCACUGGCACAUCAUCGACGACAAUAGUUUUCCAUAUGAAAGUUUAAUAUAUCCAGAACUUUCUGAGAAAGGUUCUUACCACCCUUCCAUGGUUUAUUCUUUGAAUGAUGUUAAAAUGGUAAUCGAGCAUGCAAGGUUACGAGGAAUUCGUGUGAUGCCUGAAUUCGAUUCUCCAGGGCAUGUAUCAUCUUGGGGACUAUCUCAUCCUGAACUUUUAACGACAUGCUUUGAUUCCAAUGGUUUUCCUGAUGGCCGCCUGGGUCCUAUCAAUCCAUCAAAUCCAUUGAUUUGGCCAUUUUUAAGGAACUUUUUAACUGAAGCAAUGAACCUGUUUAGAGAUCAAUAUAUACAUUUAGGAGGAGACGAAGUUCCAUUUGAUUGUUGGGGAAGUAACCCAGAGGUACUUUCGUACAUGGAACAACACAAUAUGGGAAGUGAUUUUACUCGAUUGGAAAGCGCUUAUAUAGCAGAAUUACUUAAGAUUCCAGCUAGUCGUAACAUAAGUUCGGUUGUUUGGCAAGAAGUGUUUGAUAAUGGAGUAGAGCUAACACCAGACACAGUUGUGCAUAUAUGGACAGGACUAUGGUCUGAUAAAUUAUCUAAAGUAACCAAAGCAGGUCAUCCUGCUCUUCUAUCAGCCUGCUGGUACCUGGAUCAUGUAGCAGGUGGUGGUGAUUGGAAAAAAUAUUAUUACUGUGAUCCUAUGGACUUUGAAGGAUCAGAAAAAGAUAAAAAAUUAAUGCUUGGUGGAGAAGCAUGUAUGUGGAGUGAAUUUGUUGACACUCAUAAUGUACACCCGAGAAUUUGGCCACGCGCUAGUGCAGCAGCAGAACGUCUUUGGAGUAAGAAUGUUGAUAAUAUUAAUAUUGCUUCUCAACGUUUGGAAGAACAUGCUUGUCGUAUGAACAGAAGGUCUAUACCUGCUCAACCUCCGAAUGGUCCGAGUUUUUGUAUUGUUUAAUUAUAAUUGAAAUGGAAUCUAUUAUUAAUUCUCAAAUAAUUAUAAAUAAGUUUAUCUUUAAGUAUAAGAGAAAUUUACUUAUCUCCACUUAAAAAUAAAUUGUUAUUUAUUGUUGUCUAUUUAUAAGGAACGUUCAGUAAUAUUCCAGUUAACAACUUUUCUUGUUAUAACAAAUUUUUAAAAAAUAAAUUAAAGAGUUUUAAUGUGAUUUUAAACAUACUUCAGAGAUGUAACUUAGUUAUGUAAGCAUGAUAAACAUAUAAUUGUAUUGUUGAAUGAAAAUUUGUCAUGGCAACGCUGUUGACAUCAAAUCGCAUUCAGUUUUAUUCUCUGUCGUUAAUUGCUUUUCAAUGCUUCAGCUACACGACCAAAAUUUGUCAAAAGCGUAUUUUUAUCAAGAGCAAUGAAUUCAUUAUAAAAAAAUUUUAAAUUACCUGCAUAUCCAUUUUGGAUAAGAUAAAAAG